UUUAGAUUUGGAAAUUUACUUUCGAUUUCCUUUUAUAGCUCAAAUGGCAUUAUGAAUAUUGUUUUGAUAUAGGAUCCGGCAAACUGAAAAUGUAAAGAUGUAUGACAAAUACUACCGACUAAUAUGUUUUGUGGUAAACCUAUGUCCUGAACUUUUGAGAGAUUUAUUUCUCAAACUUGCGAAAAGUGAUGGCACCACCUAUACCACACUUCCGACAUAUCUUGCAACAAAGACGUCAGAAAUUAAGAAAAUGGUAGUAAAGGGACAUAUUAGAAAAGAUCAGUUUAAUGUACUAUAUCCUGGUCACGGCAACACAGACGAAUCAGAUUGGGAUGUCAGUUUACUCGUGACCUUAAUUAUCGGGUUGUUCAAAACAAAGCUGCGUCCUCUGGAUAUGACUUUUAUCAAUAAAAUUCGGGAAGUCAGAAACAAGUUGCAACAUUUGCCAGAUACGGCGCGGUUGUCUGAUGAUGACUUUGAUACAUAUUGGGGACGGUUGGAAACCGCAACAACGACUUUAGCAAAACAAAUAUUUGGCUCAAAGUAUGAAAACAGUUUCAAAACAAAAAUUAACAACGCUAAAACUAACCAUCUUCCAAAUCUUGGUGACUAUUUACGAGUAUGGUAUGAAGAAAUAAUCAAACAGAUGAAUUAUAAAAUGGAAAAUAUGACUGACACAUUGAAAGAAAUGAAAAAUAACGUGAAUACAAUUUCAACAGAUACAAGGAACACAGCUUCUCUUUUGCAGAGUGUGACUAUACCAGAACCUGGAAAUUCAGAAAACAAACGACAAAGAAUAAGAGUUCCUGAUAAUACUGUACUUUCACAUUUACAAGUUCAGUUCGAAAAAUCAAUCAAUGCAUUACAAGACAGCUUCAGUGCUCCAAGAGAGGUAUUAGAAAUCCAGAGGAAACUGAAAGAAAAGCACUACGUUGUCAUAGCCGGAUCGUACAACAGCCAGUGCUCUGAGAUAGCUUUUGCAACAGUUAAAGAAAUGAGUUACAAUUACAAACGGUGUGUAGAAAUACACAGACCGUCAGACUGGCGCCUUAUUAGUCCAGAGGAUGUUGAUCUGGUCAUAUGUAGAGAUCCCUUCGGAAGUACCUCAUAUGAUGAAAGUAAAGCUAGUAGUAUGGCUGAAAAUUUCGACAGGAUGCUACAAUUAACAAAAGAGAAUGGCGAUGAAACUAUCCACAUUGUGAUAAUAACAGACUUUAUAGUUUUGGGAGAAGUUAAACAGAAGCACGCUCAUGAUAUUCUGGAAGAUGUAGUGAAUGUGUUUGGAGCUGCUACCAAGGAACACCCGGCUGACCUUACACUUGAGAGUGGUGGUCAAGUUUCUUGCUUUUCUAGUACCCAUAACUUGCCAGUUAUGACGAAAUACUUCAUUAACCAGUAUAAAUCAUCAAGUGAACUUGUAAAAAAAGACGUUCUACAAAAAGCAAAGGAUACAUUCAAGAAAAAGAAAUCAGUCAUCAUAGCUGGUCCAGAAAGGUGCGGAAAAACUUCUGUUGCAGUUGCAUUAGCGUCGUCAUACAAACCGUCCGAGUGUUUACUUCUCACGGGGCCCAGUGACGUAAAGAAAAUUGACUUCAGUAGAGAAUGUUUGUUAAUCAUUGAUGAGUUUGCUGGAAAGUAUCGGUAUGACGAGAAUGUCGUAUACAAAUGGUACGAGAUGUUUGACCUACUUGAUGCUGCUUUGUCAAAUGGAAAAAUAAACCUUGUAAUUACAAGUGAAACGAGCAAGCUGCAAAGAUGUUGUGACGAGAUAAAAGUCCAUCCUCUUCUUGAGCAUAGAGUAGAAUUGACAGAAAAUUGCAUCGUCUUCAAGCGGAAAAUAAAAACAGAAGCUCCUGAGAUGUCCAAACAUUUUAAAAGCAUAAGUAUUGAAAGCUUACAGCCGAGUUCAAGCAUUUCCCGUGUGAAGGAGUUACCAGUAUGGUCAGUCAAUACUAUGCAGACGAGAAACAUUAACGCAUCGAGAGACAGGAAAACCUGUUUUAUCAAAGGUGGUCGCAAAUUGUCGUCAGAAAAGGUGCUUAUAGCGGAUUAUUAAAAAAGAAAACUAUUAAACAACUUACCGAAAAAAAAUUAAUUAGGCUACAAUAAGCCUUAAAUGGAAACUUCUCCAGAUUUGUGUCAUCCAUAUGGCAUAAAUAAAAAAAUGCUUUCGUUUGUAUAAUGAUUAUUCAUAAAAACAAAAGUUGGCAGCGGGUUCUAGAUACUACUAAUUCAAACAAUCCCUCUUAUGGUCUAAAAGGUUUUUAGAAACAUCUUUCGAAGCGAUGACAACUAAACAGGAGUUUGAUGGAGAAGGAAGACAUUGAGUUGUAUUUUAUGUUAUAUCAUAUAUAUACUCAUGUCAUUUCAAAUAGUAUACUAGUAUAUAUGUAUAUCUGCUUACAUGAUUUUUGUACGCCCGAUUUGAAAAAAGGACAAGUUAUGUGAUGGCUCGUGCAACUAUCUCUCCGUUUAUCUGUUUGUCCGUCCGUCUGUCCGUCGAUUUUAUUUUCAUGUCUCGAUAACCAUUAAAGGUAUCAACCUUUAAUUUUGGAUAAAGGUAGGUUGCGAUAAGAUAAUGAUCAGAGUACACGAACGAGCUCAAAGAUCAAGGUCAUUGAUCGAACUCAAAGGUCAAAUUUGUUCCUCAUAUAUCCUGUCCGAAGCACAACUUAAUAACUACUUAAGGUAUUGACUUCGAAUACAGGCGAGUGUUUAUGAGGUACUUUGGGGUAAGUGGAACAAUCGACAUUACUCCCCUACCACAACUCCCCAAUCCUAACACUUUCUUUCCUCCAUGAGCCCCAUAAAAUCACUUUUAUAUCAUCUUGCCUUAGUAUUCGUUAGGUGAAAGAAUAAUGUCGCAGAGUUAGUUUCUGUUCUGUGUAUUUUGUGUUCAGAGCACAAUUUUAAAACUUUUCAAGUUAUUGACUAUAAAUUUGGAAUAAAGGUGGGGGUGAUUAGGUGAAAACAGUUAAGUGAAACGAUCUACAUUACGUUUCUACCUGGCUUACGGGAGGUGUUGGUUCUACCCAGGUACCCGUUCAUGAUGCAUUAAGGCACGAAGGGGUAAUUGGGGUCUUUCUCCACUAUCAAAGCUGGAAUGUCGUCAUAUGAUCUUUAAUUGUGUUGGUGCCACGUUAAACACAACAAAAUAAAAACACAAAUACUUUUCUACUAAACAUACCCUAUCCCAAACAUAAUCCCAACUCCCCAACGCCCUAAAACACCGUGAUAAAAAUAUGGUACGCCAAAAGUCAAAUUUAUAGCAAACUAUAUUUAUCCGUCAUAUUUUUCUUGUCCAGAACAUUACACAAUAAGAAUUAACUUCAAACUUGGCGAAAACAAAAGGUUGCAAUCAGACGAAAAGAGGAGUACAAUAGUCCACAUAACUCCUCCCCCACCUCCCCGCUCCAGAUAACACAAAGUAUUUACUUUUAGUGUAUUGUGCUCAAUACAUUAUCACCGCCGCUGCACAAAAUCCACGCCCAUCGCCACAUUUCAUAUCCCAAGACAUAUACUCAAUUUUUUUUCUUUAAAUUGUAAUUUCCCCUCCUCUGAUCUGAAACUUAGAGCGUAUGUUGCCUUGCUUUACGGAGUUCGUGUUAUGGUCAUCAGAUGGGAUGACAUGCUCCUUUUAUACAGAAUGUUAAACAUUAUCCUACAUUUUGGUAUAUAUUACAUUAUUACUAUUUAAUCUCUCAUUUUUUGUUUGUCGGACAUGACACACUGAAUGCUAUUAAAAAUAUAAAAUUAACAACUCAACGUAGCGGUAGUACGAGGACUAUUUAUACUCUUUGCAAUAACUUUGUAUAACUAGACAACUAGACCACUAGAAUUCUGGACCACUAGAAUUAAAAAAAAAUAUCAUAUAAAAUCUUCUUGGCAUUUUCUCCUUUUAGCAAUGAUUAUUCUUGCUUUAUAAACUCGCGUGCACAUUUUCAAACUAUGCAUUCACAAACCGCCAUCGAAAUACUUUCUUAUUCCGUAAGUAUAUUUCAGCACCCGCAUUUCCAUAUCCUCCCUAAACUACUGUAUGCAGAUGUAACCAUGAGACAACAUUAAUGCGGAGCCUGAGGUUCGAAAUAUCUGUUAAUCUAGACUUAUUAUAACUAGCUGUUAGUCGUUUCUAUUUUGAUUUGUUUGUCUUUAUCUUUGUAAAUGAAAACAUUUUAACUGAAAUUGUUCCUUCAUUGAGAUUUUACUUGUACGCGGACACCCACGGCAUAUUUGUAAAAUCGCAAUAGUCCGGCUUUCAAGACAUAUGAAUUUCACACAACUACUGCCUUGUAAAUAUGUACAUUCAUUAGUGAGAGUAUAAUUAUGUGUAUGGUAAAAUAGUAUUAGAUAUGGCAAAGCUUUCAUGGUUCAUUAAUAUAUCUAUUUUAUGCUUAAUUUGAUUUUAAAAAGUGAGUCAUUGAAAGGAUUUUGUCGGACAGAAUUUGUUAUGCUGACCAUCGAUUGUGACAGCAUUUUUCAGACUGGAGGAGGAGGGCACCAGUCUAGAACAAAGACAUCACCGCCGAGGUGCAUAGCGCCGACAGCGGGUAGGUUUGGUUGGGGGGGGGGGGGGCGGGGGCUCUGCCCAUGAUAGGAGGGCCAGGUCUCCCCCUAGAAAUUUAUUUUUUGGAAUGCAUGCAUAAAAUAGUGGUAUCUGUUGCAGUUACAGGUGAAGGUACUACCUUUAUUAUUUUUGGUGGGGUCAGGGCACUCUCCCCAGGAAAUGUUUGAAAUACAAGCAGGAAUCGGGGGCCUUGGUGCAUUUUAGGUCUAAAUUUUGAGGUAAUUGAGGGGUACUCCCAUCCUUAUGGGGGAGGGGGUGUCAGGGGGUUCUCCCUCUGGACAAUUUUGAAAUAUAGGUAUGAAAUAGUGGCCUGAACUAUUAUUUAUAUAAAGGUUUAUAUGUACUUUUAUAUAGACUAACAUUUGUUAGAAGAAAAUAAUCAUGUUACCAUACGAAUUGUAAAAUUGUACAUUGCCUAACAUGAAUGGUGAACCAAAACAAAUUUUCCAAGGUAAAAGUCAGCUUCUGGCUUGUAUAUUUGCUAUUUCUUUUAAAAGGCACAAGAGCCAGACGAAAAUCUACCUGGGCGAAAUUCAAUAUAUAAUUUAGUAAUUAUUGUUAUUGUAUUAUUUAAUACAGUGUAUAUAGUUCGGAAAACUUGAUGAACCGAAAAACAACUAGACUUGGGUUAACUUUCUAGAUGGUUUAUCAUUUAUUUAAAUGUUUUACACCAUUCUGUAAUGUUAUUACUUUUUGAAGUUCUAAAUGAAAUACUAUCAGAGCGAAAUAUUAAUAAAGUACAUGUAAAUUAA